AUGCUGAUUGACAUGGGCUCAUAUGAUGCCUUUUUCUGCGAUCUAGCAUACUAUGGGGUCGCUGUCAGCUUUUUUCUUAUUAAACGGCCAAGCGAAUUUCGAGCUUUGUCCCUUCUCGAUGAGAUUUUCGCGGCCGCAGUUCGCGUAUCGCAGCCCGGUGAGACUAAAAUUAACUUUGCCGUCGCCUUUGUGCCCGCGGAGUCUUGA